AUGGUGUUAAGGGUGGAGAGUACUAUCGCUCACCCCGAGUACGAGAGACCGCAGUGUGGUUUUGACAUCGCCCUCCUCAAACUUCCAUCAUAUGCUGCUGUGGAGUUGUCUUCUGUACCUGUGCCCAUGCUGGCGGAGCCUGACACAGACCUCAUAUUUGGAACCUGGGUGUAUGCCUUGGGUUGGGGCAUGGAUGAGCAUGGCAAUUUGCCGCCUGUUCUGCAACUGGCAACAACAUUGCAGGUUGUAAACAAUGCACUCUGCCCCGGUGUUCGUCACAUGAAGGACACAAUGCUGUGCGCUUUUUCUCGCAAACAGAGUGCAUGUGGAGGUGAUUCUGGCGGCCCCCUCCUCAUACCAGACUAUGUGGGGACUGACGUCGAGGCAGGCCACCCCAGGGCUGACCUCGUGGUCGGCAUCAUUUCCUUUGGGCCCGAAUGCACAGGGGAGGCUACUGGCAGUGGGUACACGAAAGUGUCAUACUUUCGGAGCUGGAUAGAGAGCGUCAUGGUCAGAGAGACAGUAGGGAGGAGAGCCGCCACGUUGGGCUGUCCCGGGUGA